CAUAAAAUUUUGUGCAACAAAUGGCACCCUAUUCACCCAAGUAACUUGUCAGUCUGUCACUGUCAUGUGAAAGAGACAAGCACGCUUCUGGCGCAUGCUAGCACCAUCGCUGACCUGCCACGACCAUGAAGAACCAUUGCUUCCAUGGGAACCAAAUCACUGAAACGGAGAGCUCGUGAGUCCCAGAACCCUCCCAUGGCCGCCGCGGAUCCUCCGCGGCGCAAGCCUCGCUCUUACGCCAAGGCAUCCGUAGUUCUCUCCGCUUUUCUCGUUGUCUCCGUCAUCGCUCCCUUGGUCCUUUCUUCGAACAAGUUUCGCGCGUUCCAACGCCGGGUUUCGUACGAGACGAUCACCGUCGUCAACGUGUUCCCUCACGACCCAGAAGCCUUCACCCAGGGCCUUGUUUACAAUGGAAAUGACACCUUAUUUGAGUCAACUGGUCUUUAUGGGAAGUCCUCUGUCCGUAAAGUUGCUCUUCAUACUGGGAAGCUUGAGGAUGUGCAGAAGAUGGUUAGUUCAUUAUUUGGGGAAGGUUUAACUCUCCUCAAUAAUAUGCUGUUCCAAGUAACUUGGUUGCAGAAAGCUGGUUUCAUAUACAACCCGAAAAAUUUAAGAAAGAUUGGGACAUUUAAUCAUGAUAUGAUAGAUGGUUGGGGUCUGGCAACUGAUGGAACAUUGUUGUUUGGAAGUGAUGGCAGUUCAACAUUGUAUCAAAUUGAUCCUCAAACGUUUAAAGUUGUAUCAAAACAAGUUGUCUACUAUAAGGGUCAUCAAGUACACAAUCUCAAUGAAUUGGAAUACAUAAAUGGUGAAGUCUGGGCAAAUGUUUUUAUGACUGACUGCAUUGUAAGAAUCUCUCCCCAUGAUGGCAAUGUUCUAGGAUGGAUUCUCCUCCAAAAUUUAAGGAAAGAACUUAUCGAAGCUGGGAAUAAUAAUAUUAAUGUUUUGAAUGGGAUAGCAUGGGAUGGUGAGCAAAAGCGGAUAUUUGUGACUGGAAAACUGUGGCCAAAGCUAUAUGAAAUCAAGGUUUCUCCUGUAAACAAACCAAUUGAAGAAGGGAUCAUUGAGAAGCUUUGCUUGCGUAGCCCUUUCAAAUUUACAUGAUUGAUUUUUUCUGUUUCUGCUCUAAUUUUUGAAACCCACUUGGGAGAAUGCGAGCUGAACUGAGUUUUGGGAAUAGUAUUAUGACAUGGUCAUUUUGAAGAGAUAUUCUGUUGGGAGAAUGCUGCCUCUUUCAUUGUUUGGGCAUCUAUUAUGCCCUACCCAUUAUAGUAUCAUUCUUCCGUAGCAGUUCAAGAUUUUUAAUUAAAGUAAGGGAGAGGUCAAUAAUCUUUCAGUAUGAUAGGGUUGAUUUUGUAAGAAACUGGAAAGUGCAAUAGAAAAGGCAAUUUGAGAUGUUAUGUGUUGCAAAAGAAUGGAAAUACAAGCAAAACAAAAAGAAAGUAUGGAUGGCUUCAGUGGUUCAAUUUGAGGUGUCAUCACAAGUUAAGAAUUGGUUCACCAGAUAGAGAUUUGUAGAUACUAUAUUGAGUACACUGUAUUAUGUAUUUACGAUGGUGGCGUAGUUAGGAAAGGAUAUAAACAUUCAAAGUUUAAUAGAUUGAUUAAGUGUUUUCUAGAUAUGUUCUUCACCUUUUUCGGCUGUUUAAUGUGUAUUGAAUAUAAAUAUUUUCCCGCUUAAGAUUCUUUUCAGAAGAGGGUCAUUUCUUUU